ACAAGAGCCGCGCCGGGUGCCAAAAUGAGCUCGAACUGCCUCAGCUGGAGGAUCUUACUCCUGAUAUUUGCCACAUUUACAACAGUUGUCACCCAAGACUUAAGCACUAAGGAGCUGACUGACAUAAAGAGUCCAGUGCCUUUCCCUGUCUUCUUGCCUGUUAGCUAUGAAGUUCGGGAUGCUGAUUACCUCUUCUUAAAGGAAGCAGGGCAGGACUUCAUGAGGAAUUUCAGUAUGCAGAGUAACACACAGCCCUUUGUCAUUUUGGGAGCAAACCGCCAGCCGGCUGUCAACGCAAGCUACGGCCCCAUGUCCACAGAGCAGCUAGUGCCUCUGGAUCUGGUCCAAUCCGUGCAGCUCUUUAAUGCCCCGGAUGCCUUCACCUUCAACUGGAAGAUUCAAGCCUUCGUGCUAACACCUCGGGUCUUCUCCACCAAGCCCAAAGUACGAGUGCUCUUCUAUGUGGCAGGGAGGGACUGGAACAGGGAGGAAGGUGCUAAGGAUGAACUACCGUGUGUGACAGUCUUUGCUUUUUGGCAAACCCAGGAGGUGAGGUGUUCCUGUGCCAUGGGAGGGAAGGGAAAGAGGGGAACUUGCAUGGCUGAGUUACAACCAUUGCCUGGCUGGUUUGGCCAGGCUUCAGAAAGCACCAGUGGGGAGAAACAGGAUCCACCAGCUGGGAACCUUGUUGAGCUCUACUACCAGGCACAGCCCAAAGUUAGCGGGAAGUGCAACACGCUGGAGGGGAGUCGUUGGGGAAGCUCCCAGCAACAGCAGGCCGAAUAUGUUCCCAUCACUACCAUGCAGCGAAUUGGCAGCGUACGUCUCCUGCAGGUGCCCAAAGGAAUGGCCACUCUCUCUCGACUAAAACUAGGCAACUCUAUUGUCAUACGGACAUCCUCCAAACCACUGAAGAAGACUGACAUUGCCACUUUCUACAUCCUCAUGGCCAGCUCUGCCCAGCUGACUAACUUCACUCUUAGAGCAACAAUAAAGAAUGGUGUGACCUUUCGUACAGCAACACCAAGUAACUCUUUACUUUGGGACAUCACACUGGAAGCAGAUGCAGAUAGAGUCAUCUCUGUUGCUUGUCAGAGGAAAGCUCCAAUCCCUGGAAAAAGACUUGAAAGCAGUCUGCUUGAGGUGCUUCAAAUGGAGUUCGAAGUCGAUGAGCUGAACAGUCCUGUCGACAGCCAGGUGAUCAUCUGGAAGUUGGAACUCCCGACAAAAAAUACAGCCAAGACUGAAGGAGCAAUGAGAAUUUACACCACUCAGAGAGACUUUGUUGGUCUGGCCCCUCUUAUAAUGGACACUGAGAUCCUGAACACUGCAAUACUGACUGGAAAGAAGGUUGUGGUGCCUGUAAGAACAGUCGCUGUGGAAGAGGAUGGCAGUGUCACUGAUGUUUCUGAAUAUACAGAAUGCGGCUCUACUGAUGAAGAUGCCCUCAAGGUCUCGGACAGGUGUGACUAUGUUUUUUUAGAUGGCAAAGAGACAAAAGGCAAAGUCAAGAUGGUAGUAAAUUUCACCUACAGCUACCUCAGUGCUCAACUUGAGUUGAAUGUGUGGAUGCCCCGACUUCCCCUCCAGAUAGAGGUGUCAGAUACAGAACUGAGCCAAAUCAAAAGCUGGAGGGUCCCUAUACUAACUUCCAAAAGAUCUGGCUGGAAGAGUGACGCUGACGAUAAAAAGGGAAAGGGCUGCACGCUGCAGUUUCAGCACGCCCUGGUGCGUGUGCUAACCCACUUUGCGGCCGAGCAGGCGGACCCUCGGGAGCCUAAGGCAUAUUUCCUAGGCUCUGACUGGCAGGUGGAUGUAACAAGACUGGUUCGAUACUUUAUGAAAGUAGAAGACUCCCGUGUUGCAAGGCUACAGGCGGGGAGGGUGCUAUCAGGUCGAGACAUUGGGACCACAGCCAUCCAGGUGUUUUCUCCACUUUCUGACACAAUUCUGGCGAAAACAACGGUAAAAGUCACAGAUGAAAAAGUGACCAUUACCGAACUGGGAGUCCAGAUGGUUGCAAGUCUUUCAAUGACCCUACAGCUCAGUCCCGGAAGCAACAGGGCCAUUGUAGCAACCACAACCACACAGGAAGUUUUGCGCUUGCCAAAACAGGAAGCCAUGGUCAGCGCAUGGGUCCAGUUCAGUGAUGGCAGCCAGACACCACUUGACAUUUACGAUCCUGCUUUUUACCGUGUGAUGGUAUCAUCCCUGGAUCAAGGCGUGGUGUCGGUACGCGGCACCCCUCCAGCUGUGGUGGCAGAAGGGGAGGGCGAAGGAGUUCUGGUCCGAGUGGAAAUGUCUAUUUGUGAGACCUGCCAAAAGUCCAAACGCAAAAGUACUGUUGCUGUGGGCAAUGGGAGUCUUAAGGUCAAGUUUCAGGCCAAAGGCCGACGACCAGACAGCAGCACUGGCAGCAAAACCACAGAAAAAAAGAAUAAUGGUGGCUUCAGAAAUGAUGGAGGAGAGAUGGAGAGUGACAGGAAGGUUCCGUCACCACGCAUCACAGCAUCGGCGAGAGAUGAGAACCCUUUGGGAAAGACCACAAUCGGAUCUACAGAAUGGACCUUUAUUACCAGCGGGAGCCUUGGGGGUGUGGGGAAACCAGGUACUUCGGGAAGCAGUCCCACCAGCACGGUCAAUAUAAGAAUGGGCAGCCCUGGUGGCAGCAGUAAAGCAUAUGGCUCUGAUAAUAUGAUAGUGGACAAGGUUCAACUUACAAGCACUGUGAAGGCUCCGGGUAACCUGGUCAACUCCAACAAUUUUCCGACUAAAAUUGUCAUGCCUGGACAGGAGUCAGUGGAGGUUGAGAUCAGUAGCGAGGAAGAUAUUUUGACAAACAGGCCCCUUACAGACUUAGAGAUUGGUAUGUAUGCUUUAUUAGGGGUCUUUUGCUUGGCCAUCAUGGUAUUUCUUGCCAAUUGUAUAUCAUAUGUUGUCAAGUUCAGACAUAAAAAGUCUCCUUCAAAUGGUCAGGAGCCCACAGGUCACAGGCAUGACUGGGUGUGGCUUGGUACAGACGCUGAACUAGUGAUGAGCGUCCCGGGAAGUCCGGUUCAACAUGACUCACAGACUAUGACCACUGUGAUAGACAUUGGGCCUGGCAAAACUACUUCACUCCCCAGAAGGCCCAGUUGCUUGGCAUCAGUCACGGACUCUCCAAUUAGUUGUGUGGGAUCCUUCAGGAGCAAAUCAAUACCCACAGAGUCCCUCCACUCACCAACCAGCAAAAGGAAGCGAGUCCACUUCACCACCUUUUCUACAUUGGAGCAUCAGCAUUCACAAAGGGAGAAUGGACAUGGUAUCCACUGGGUAGGGAAGGAAGACAGUCAUGAGGGGGGACCCCAAGUACCCAUUGCACAGCUUCGAGAUGGCUUAUAA